AUGGAUAAGGAAGAAGACAUAUCGAGCACCGGAUGCGGUGCUCGCCAUGAAUUUUCAAGUGCCAAGGAUUUUAAUGCUGACUCGAUCGUGUGCCUCUAUCAUGUCAACCUCUCCGUUCUUGCUAGGAUGCUUAUCGAGUACUCCCAGCACGCUCUUCUUCGACUUGAUAUACGUUCCGAGGCGGAGUUGAAGGAAAAAAGGUGA